UGAAAGGGUUUUCGUUUUUCCUCCCUCUCACUCGCGAAGACUCUCCCCUCUGUUCUGCAUAUUUUCUCUGGUGAAGAAGAGAAACUCGUUUCUUGCUGCCUCGAUCAAAUCUCGUUUCUGCUGAUUCCUACAUUUCCAUUUUUUAUUUGGUCUUCGAAAGUUGGGUGAUGUAACUGGUCGUUUUGAAGCGGCGAAAAACGGGUAUGUGUUGGCGAGCUAAGGGUGGACAACACGAAGAAAGUGUGGUUGCGAGCUGUGAGGUGAAUAAUGUCACAAAUCUGAAUUUAAACUAAUAAUUGAUCACAACAUCAAAAAAAGGUACCUUGGUGGUGAAGACGUUGUGCUGAAGUGGUGGAGUGUGCUUCUUUGAUUGGUCAGUUUCAUCUCAAGGUUAGACGUAGGUUGAGCUGAAGGCGAAAUUAUAUGGCCAAAGGCAUUGAAUUUGGUGAGGAGCUCUGAUGCUUAAGGUGUCGAAGAGCUUGCUGAUGCGGUCAAAGUGGCCAUGCGUCCCAAGGUGACUUAGUUUCGGCACAAUGGGUUGUAGAUUUUUGGAGCUACGUUACUAUGGAAACCAUUUUAUUAGAACCAACAAGUUUGCAGCCUUCUACCUGAAUUCGAUGUUUUAUCACACUUCAAAUGAUGCUCUCAGCCUACAAUGGUAUCAUAAUGAGUUUCCCAAGGUGAAGGAAUUGACCCAUUUACUAGCAAAUGUGGAUGCAGUUAAUGGUAGACUCAUUGAUGUGAAGAGCAAUUCAACCUUUUUUGACGAUGACAUUGAGCGUGACAUGUGUACUUUCAAGUCCCUUGUUCGUGGGUAUGUUGGGUCGACAUUUGUUCAACACAAAAUGAAACAUGUCCUGGCCUCUUUUGUUUCAAAUGUAAAAAAUGAAUCUUUUACCCCUUUUGGUAAAGCAACUGAAAGAGAGCCUAUGGUGGUUGAUUCACUAACUAAAGUGAGCAACUUUCUUAAUGUUUCUGCUCAACAAAGGAAGUUGGUUCGUCACAAAGUUUGCUCCCAGGUUACUCAGCAUCGCAUAUGGACUGGUGCACUUAAAGAAGUUCUGAAUGGUUUUGCAAUUGAUUUGGAUUGUUUGUCUUCUCGGGGCUUAAACAACAAUGCUUUAUUGGGUGCCCAAAUUGUUCAUAGCUGUUUGAACUUUCUGACUGAAAUUGGUGUCUUUUCAGAUCCUGGGUCUUCUUCAUGGAUGAAGCUUUCAUCUUCUAAAGUUGAUUUCACCGACUCACGAAAAUGGGAAGAUGUUCUUGUGAUGUUCAAUGAUCUGAUUGAAUGCUGUAGAAAGGAAACGAGGUUAAAGUUGCAUGUAGCUAAGGCUGAGAUCACGAAGGAGGGGCUUUUGCACAUAAGGGAUGUUUCGGUUGACAAGAAUGUUGGAUAUAAGGAAGCUCAGCAUCAAGAAAGCCUUGUGAGGAAGAAGCUUUCCAAAAUGUUGGGUCACUCCUCUCGUUGCUUAUUCACUUUAUUACUGUAUUACCUCUAUGGAAGGGUGGUAGAUAUUGAAGUAGACAUGUGCGGUGGGGUCAAUGGAAGUAAUGGCAGGUUUUGCUUGUUUAUGGGAAGAAUCUUGACUUCAGAUAGUGAGAAGAUGGUUGGGCGUGGUGUGAAGCAGUUGGAUCGGGCACUUGGGAUUUUCAAGUUUGUGUGGGAAAUGGCUGAAAUGAAAGGGCAUUUGGACUUGCAGGGCCAUAUGUGGUGUGUUGGAGCUGACAAUAGAAUUCUUAGGUAUAGAGGUAACACAUACUUUGUGCAUGGAAUUUGCCUUUGAAUAGAGAUUAUUGUAUCACUUCAUCAUCUGAUCAUACUUCAUGGCACCUACAUGUCCCCAAUUAGCAGUUGCCUAUGAAAACCACUUUUUAUGUUUUAA